UCGGGGAUGACACGCUGUACUCCACGUAGGAGAAAGGUGCUUGCUCUUCUUCCUCAUUCUUGAAGAUGGACAGGGCAGACACAUGGGGAUUUGUCAGUGGUGGGAGAUGUUUAUAUCUCAAGUUACUUUUAUGUUUAUAGUUUCACAAGCUGUCCUAAGUAUUCUUGGUUUUUAAACAUUCUAUUGUGCAUCCCUUCCUUUCUUCUUCACAUGGAUUUGAACGAGAGUGUGGCUCGUUUUGGUGAUACUUCUCUCAGCUUGAAAUGCCUUGGAAGCAGCUCUCACCACAACCACAAGCUUUGUUAUGAUGUCUCAAACUGUCCUGAUGGUGGUUGCGGUUUAGUCCUCGGUUUAGGUCCAACACCACCCUCUUAUUAUUACAACAAAGUCUCCGCUUCUUCUGGAACUGUUCAAGAACUCUCAUCAGGUGGUAACUCAAUUCUCCAGCUCGGUCCUCCUGCUAUGAGUACCAUGGACAGUUUCAGUGGACUUGAUUGUUCCUUGUUGACGUAUACAGACACUAAUGUCUCCCAAGCUGAUGAAGGUUCAGGUGGCUAUAUGUCAUCACUUACAAGACCCUCAAGAAUACAAGAAUGUAGUCAUGAGUCAGAGUUCUCCAUAGAAGCUGCUUUCUCUGACAGGACACAAAGGACGACCAACCCUAAGAAAUGCAAGUUCAUGGGAUGUUCCAAAGGAGCUAGAGGAGCCUCAGGGCUAUGCAUUGGCCAUGGAGGUGGGCAGAGAUGUCAAAAGGCAGGUUGCAACAAAGGUGCUGAGAGCAAAACAACGUUCUGUAAAGCACAUGGUGGAGGAAAGAGAUGCCAACACUUGGGAUGUACAAAGAGUGCUGAAGGCAAAACUGAUUAUUGUAUCUCCCAUGGAGGUGGAAGAAGGUGUGGUUUCCCUGAGGGAUGUGCUAAAGCUGCACGUGGCAAAUCAGGACUAUGCAUCAAACACGGUGGUGGUAAAAGGUGUAGAGUUGAAGGAUGUACAAGAAGUGCUGAAGGACAAGCUGGUCUUUGUAUCUCACAUGGUGGUGGGAGACGUUGUCAGGCUUCAGAGUGUACAAAAGGUGCUCAAGGGAGUACUAACUACUGCAAAGCUCAUGGUGGUGGGAAGCGUUGUAUAUUCGCUGGGUGUAGUAAAGGAGCUGAAGGGAGUACUCCUCUGUGUAAAGCACACGGUGGAGGGAAACGUUGUAUGUUUGAUGGAGGUGGGAUAUGUCCUAAGAGUGUGCAUGGUGGGACGAGUUUUUGUGUAGCUCAUGGUGGUGGGAAGAGAUGUGUUGUGGCGGGGUGUACUAAGAGUGCUCGUGGGAGGACUGAUUGUUGUGUGAAGCAUGGUGGUGGGAAACGGUGUAAGUCUAUUGGGUGUGAGAAGAGUGCACAAGGUAGUACUGAUUUUUGUAAAGCUCAUGGUGGUGGUAAACGGUGUUCUUGGGGAGGGGUAUGUGAGAAGUUUGCUAGAGGGAAGAGUGGUUUAUGUGCUGCUCAUAAUAGUAUGUGUCAGGAGAAAGGUGAAAGCAAGAUUGGUUUGAUUGGGCCUGGGCUUUUCCGUGGGCUUGUCUCCACCUCUUCUCAAACCACUACUACUACUACUACUGAUCAUUCUCUUGGUGGAGUUAGCGCGGUUUAUGAUUGCACAGAGUCUAUUGAGCAAAGACAGAAGCAGAUGAUGAUACCAAUGCAGGUUCUUGUGCCUCCAUCAAUGAAGUCCUUAAGCUUCUCAAACACUGAGAGGCAAGAAACAAACAAUAAUAGCAGUGAGAGGAAUGUCUUUGACUUUAUGAUUCCGGAGGAGAGAGUUCAUGGUGGGGGGCUAAUGUCUCUACUUAAUGGCAGCUUGAAACAGACACUCCAUUGAUGGAACUUGAAAGCAUUUCUCUAUUGGUGAGAAAGACACCAAAAAGCUUAUGUAAUAUUGUAUAGUGUUUUCUUUGUCUCUUUGGUCAUUUUGUAUAUUCAUGGGGUCUGUGUUUUUUUCGUAUGGUCUUGUAAUGAGUCUUGACCAUCUAGUCGAUGGCUCGAACUUGUUUAUUUGAUUAUUAAUUUGGAAUGUUGCAAUGUAGUUUAGGAAGUUUUUUUUUUCAUAAAUGUAAAGUUUAUUCAUAUUUUUUUUAAGAAAUAAAAUCGUUAUAGCUGA